AUGCCUCCAUCAGCAUGCGACCAGAAAAAGGCAGACAUUAUUCGUCUAGCUGAGAAUGAGUGCUUCGCAGAGACCGAGACAGCUAAGGCCGUCUAUGAACUGAAGUGUCUCAAGGUGCAAGCAAAGUAUAAGGCCAAGAAGAAGCAGGCAUGUCGCGACCUCAACGAGCAGGAGCUGGAAGAGUUGGGUGGGAUCAAGAGGCUUUACGAGGCCGAAAUGGAGCCUAUCAAGGUCAGGCAUGCAGAGAAGCUUUCUGAAAUCAGGGAGCAAUAUCGCAUAGCGACCCCAGAAGCUGGCCUACAUGUGUCUGCCACUUCUGAGACUCCCAUCUCACUGACUCUGGUGACCGCGCCGGCUGAGGCUGGAAACGACAACUCUCCUGCUAGCAGCAGAUCCAUUGACGAUACCGAGGAGUCUGGUGAUGAGACGGACACCUCCAUCCCCGCAAUUGCCCCCCAGGCAACAAACAAGGCGAAAUUUACCCCCCGCUUCAAGAAGCGCAAGAGGAUAUCGGGAAUUUUUGACAGUGGCGAUGAGGAACCAGAAUUCUCUCAGAAUGAGAACAAAGAUGAACAGGAUGAUACGAGUGAUGUCUCCUUCCCGGGAUCACAGGAGGGACCUUCCGGAAGGGCUCUCAAGGCGUUCAGGAGACCCUCCACUCAAAGAUCUGGACAAAACAAUGUGUCGUCUGCCUUGGCAACAAAGACGAAGAAUCGCUCCCGUCCAAAAGAAGUGGACAACGUCUUCAAAACUCGGACCAGAGCAACUUCAACAAGUGGCAAGACAGAUAGCCAAGCUGAGGGAGGAGACGAGGACGAGGAUAUCGGCAGUGCUCCAGCUUCGCAGGCUCCACGCCGCAACCGAGUCCGACCCGGUCGACCCGAGCCUGGCAAAUAUAGGAUGACCGCGAAGGCUUGGCCUGUGUGA